AUGUAUAACUAGGAAUACUGAAGUACUUUCGUAACAAAAUUGAAUUGAUAAUAGUCUAUACAGACGGUAUAAAUUAUUCACAAAUUCGUGCUUCAUCAAACAAUAAUUAUUCAAUAGAAAUAUAAGUUACGAAGUAUCUGCAGGACAUAAAAAGGCAACUGAAGGCAUGGCAAACUCUUCUCAACAACAACCUCCACCUUAUUGUCCACCGAACCAGCCUCCACAUCACCAACAAGGUCAACAAUAUGUUCACCAGUAUGUUCAACAGAACCCACAGGGAUUCCUUCAAUCACAGCCCUCAAGAGAUGGAUUCAGUGAUAUUUCCUGUGGAUAUGGAUAUAAUCAGCAAUCCCAGGUACCCCAACCAAUGGUAAAUACAUCAUCGACUAGUGUUGUGGUUUCACAACCGCAAUCUGGACCAACAAUACUAGUAAAUCCUGCUCCGUACAGCUACAUGACACCAGCAGUAUUGACCUGUAUAUUUUGUUGUUGGUUAACUGGGAUUGGCGCUAUCAUAGCGGCAGCUAUGUCCCAAGGUCAAGCUAGUGAAAUGAAGUACGACGAGGCAAGAAAAUCAGCUAACAUAGCUAAAAUCCUCACUCUCGUUACCUUAUGUUGCGGUAUUGGCGGUUAUGUUAUCGUUAUAGCUCUUGCAGUGGCAGGUGCAAACACAAAUGAGUACUAAGAGUUUGCAUUGUUUUGCUGAUUUAUAAACAGAUAGCUAUAGGACAAGCAUAUCCAGGAUUAAUUAAAUGUGCUGUUUGAAUAAGUUCUUGUACAUAGUCGUGUGGGUUUGUCUACGUUUAGUAUUACUUUUAUGUUUUAAAACAGUCCUGGCGAUUUCUUUUUUUUUGCUGAAACCAAGCAAAAUGUCGUUACAAUAUGAACACAUUAUAUUGAAUAUUUUUUUUUUGUCAAUGAUCUUGAUGAGAGGGUAUAGUCAUUCGAGCAAAAGGAAUUAACAAAGUAAAAUGUGUCAUAAGACCACUUUCCACCUCUUCAACUCUAAUUUGCAUAGAUCAAUCCAAUCACAUCAUUCAGAUGUAUUGAACACAUAAGGUUGUCUGCUGUAAAUAUGUAUAUGAACUCACCAUAGAUACCAGGCUCAACUUCUAACCCUGCAUUUUAGGGAUCAAAGCCUCAAUUUUAAACUGUGUCUUUUAUAUUAAUACAUGAACAACAGGCGUAGUAAAGGAAUACUAUUUUGGAACAAGGACAUAUAUUUUUGGGGUUCGAUUUUUGUUCAUACAAACGUCCAACAGAGUUGAUGAAAGACAUGGUGACAUCAAAGAUUGAAUAUUAUUUCCAUUUUUGUUUAAAGAAGUCUUACAAUAACUCUCCUUAUAUUUCCCAGGCAAUAAUACAACAAAAACUAAUCCGUAUACCUCUGCGCAAGGAAUUUAUUCUAUUCCUAUUGAAGUCUUCAUGUUCAUUAUAGAUAUGUCGUAUUUAAUUUGGUCGGUUGCAAUGAGAGUUUCAGAUUGUUGACGGCAUUGGGAUGUCAAAAAUAUCUCAUUCGCGCUAUAGCAUCAGAGAGCCUUCUUGACAAGGAUUCAGUCUAUUAAAUUAGAUGUAAAUAUUAAAUUACAAUGACUUUUUUAAAUGUAUUUUAAUUAAACAAGUUCAUUUUAGUAAUUUACAGAGGACAUGUAGUAAUAAAUCUUUUGUACAGUAUUACUGCUCUGAAACUACCCUUUACAUCACUGCUUUAAAGUUUCCUUUUCACGAUUUUUUGAAAAUACCAAAGUUGUCUUAAUUAUCUUAAUUAACAUAUAUGAGUACACUAAACAAUAAAUAUAUUUGAAAUGUAAUUGGAAUUACACUUUUUUUACUGAAAAUAAUUAUUUAUUUACUAUUAAAUGAGUAGUUGUUAUUAAUUAAAGUGAAUUUUAAAUUACCCCAUUCCUUCUCGGACACUAUAUGAUGUCAGUAGUUCACUAUCAUGGUGUACACUGAGGUUGUGAGUUCAAACUCCGCCCGGGAAGGUUUGUUCAAUUCCGACCUUAAUUGACUAUUAUUGCAGGUUAUCCCGACAAAGGUAAUUGGCUUUUUGGGGCACUCUGGCUUCUCAACAAAAAAAGACAUGCCACUAUGACAUAGCCAAGACAGCUAAAAGAACUGUUUAACACCACAAAUCAAUCAAUCAAUCUAUACUGUCAUUACUUUUCAAUUUUUGUUAUAUGGGUUUGUUUAGUGGGUUUUUUAAGUCGUUUUUGUUCUACGUGUGUAUAUGUUUAUGUUUAACAAAUCUCAGUUAAAAGAAUAAAGUCUGUCUUAUUAAUGCAGUUAUAUAACAUUCGCAACGACAGUUAAACACGGAUUCAUAAUAUGUAAGAUUGUAUAUAACAGAAAUUCGUUUGAUGAGACGUUUUUCUUUUUUAAAUAUUUUCGUUUUACUUUGCCAAUCUCAUUACAUUGAUUUCUUGCUUUUAUUUUCUUGUAUUUCGCCAUAACGUGUAAUUGUGUACUUAUUUAGUGAUAGAUUUUUAAUAAAUGGGUUGUUUUUUCUAAA